GUGGGGUCGCUGAAACGCCAGCUUCUCUGCUGGGCUCCGUGGCUCUCUUUUCUCCACAUAAUGUCAAUUGAAUAUCAAGCAAGAUGUGCUCUUUCCCACAUUUGGACAGUUUAGUCAAUGCAUCUAUCCACCUAAACUAAAGACGAGUGAUUUUUGGAUUUCCAUGCGUUUUUACGCAGCGCCAUGUCCAAAAACAGUUCGUUAAUGUUGGCAUACACUGACUGUAGAAAAUGUAAGUCUUUAAGUUCAAACGAUAUGAUAAUUCCAUGAAUGAUUUAUGAUCUUAAAAGUGUUUGCUGUCUUGCGGUGCCUUGCGGUAAACCUUUUUUUUUUUAAUAAAACGAAACUAGCAAUUGCGUCUUUACGCAACGCACCGUUAUAAUUGGAGACCUGACAGGAAUACAAAAUAACUGCACUUCAUGUCAAUGUAUGGCAGUUGUGCUCGACUGCAAGAGCUCAAAGGGAGCGGGUCAAUAAAUUAUGUUAAUCAGUCAGGACAGAUUGGAGGCGUGUUGUUGCCGUAACGAGGGGGAGCAUGCCCGCACCGUGGAAAAGCUCCGAGUGGUAACGCUGUCUCCACUACUGUACAUGCGCGCUGCCUUCUAUUUCCCCAGUCUCUCUUUCUACUUUAUUGUGCAUAAUAGCAAUUUCCUCCGCGGAAGCACUACUGUGCAACAAGUUUGCAGGAGCCACAGCACGCCGUCAGACAGGUUGACUUGCUUUUUGGCCGGAGCGGAGUGGAGACUCACUCAUCUAUCUGUCGCUGUCACCACAAAGUCACUGAACGUGAACGUCGCGUCGCAAGCCACACACACAUACACAGAGAGAACAGUGUGCCAUAAAUUCGUGACUCCGCGCCAGAUGCAGUUUGCUCCCAACAGCGCGUGUAGUUGUAGUUAAAUGGAGAUCGCGGAGGCAAGAGGAGCAUCUAAGUGCGUGGAAAAAAUGGAGAAAGAAGUGGCGACUCAGAAACGACAAUAUUGCCGCACAACAGUGGUGAACAUAAUCUCAUCUUUAUGUUCAGUGGCGUCCAUUGCCUUUUGCAUUUUUCUGAGCUUUAACGCAGCUGAUCUGAAGGACCGGGUUGUGGAUUUGGAGAGUGGGAAUGGUGAGCACACCUUCCGCGUCUCUGGCUACUCCACGGAUGAUUUUAAUUCAUUGAUUGAACAAAGAGUGGACGAGCUGCUCUCCCAGCGCUCCUAUGAAAAUUUCGUCAAGAUUCGGACUGCCAGACAAGCAUCACCUGAAUGCAACUGCCCUCCAGGACCUCCAGGAAAGCGAGGAAGAAGAGGCCGCAAUGGAGAACCUGGACCUCCUGGCCCUCCUGGUCCAAAAGGUGAAAAAGGGGAUCAAGGCGACCAGGGACCACGGAUGGUCUUCCCUAAGAUCAAUCAUGGCUUUCUUUCCGCUGACCAGCAGCUCAUAAAGCGGCGGCUCAUUAAGGGAGAUCAAGGUCAAGCAGGACCACCUGGACCUCCAGGGCCACCGGGCCCUCCUGGGCCAAGGGGUCCUCCUGGGGACACAGGGAAAGAUGGGCCCAGAGGUGGACCUGGUCUCCCAGGUGAUCCAGGGCAGCCUGGAGAAAGAGGACCCAUGGGUCCUGAGGGGCCAGAAGGGCAGAAGGGUUCAAUUGGGCUUCCAGGCGUCCCAGGCAUUGAUGGACUCAAGGGUGAAAUGGGAGAGCGAGGUGAAAAGGGCGAUAUGGGUGAAGACGGACCGAAAGGUGAUAGGGGAGAGAAGGGAGAUGCAGGCUCUUCUGCCGCUGGCAUCAAGGGUGAACCUGGAGAGCCUGGGCGAAGUGGCCAAAAGGGAGAGCCAGGACUUCCAGGGCUGCCUGGACUCCCAGGGAUAAAGGGUGAGCCUGGAUUCCUUGGCCCCCAGGGAGAACCAGGGCUUCCAGGACUGCCAGGAACUAAGGGUGAGAGAGGUGAGCAUGGACCCCCAGGGAAGGGUGAAAAAGGAGAAGUUGGCCCCCUUGGACCAAAGGGUUCACAAGGAGAGCCUGGUAUGCCUGGUCCCAAAGGGUCAAAGGGUGAGACUGGAGACAAAGGAGACUUGGGACUUAUUGGCCCAAGGGGACCCCCUGGGCAAAAAGGAGACCAAGGAGCCACUGAAAUAAUCGACUACAAUGGAAACAUUCAAGAGGCUUUGCAGAAGAUUACCACUAUUACAGUAACGGGUCCUCCUGGACCUCCUGGGCCAAUGGGACCGCAGGGUAUAAAGGGGGAUCGUGGUAUGCCUGGUCUCCCUGGACUCGAUGGGGAAAGAGGCUACAAAGGUUCCAAAGGAGAUAUGGGAAUGCCUGGAGCUUCAGGGGAGAAAGGGACAACUGGUUUACCUGGCCUCCCUGGUGUCAAUGGGUUGAAAGGGGACAAGGGAGAUUCCGGUCUACCUGGUCCACAAGGUCCUUCUAUCAGUGGACCUCCAGGACCACCAGGGCCCCAUGGACCCCCAGGACCCAUGGGCCCUCAUGGUUUCCCCGGACCAAAGGGGGAGCCUGGUUUGCAUGGUUUGAAGGGGAUGCGAGGAGAACCCGGGCACAAAGGGGACCGUGGACCACUGGGUCUCCCUGGAGCCUCCGGCUUGGACGGCAAGCCCGGAAUUAGGGGCAUGGACGGGCCUCCGGGUCCUGCCGGUCCAGCUGGGCCGAAGGGUGACAGAGGGGAGAGAGGAGCACAAGGAGAGCCAGGACCAAGGGGACCAUAUGGACUACCUGGAGCUGCUGGAACACCUGGCUUGGAUGGGUUACCAGGCUUAAGGGGAGAGAAAGGCGACGUUGGUGAAAGAGGAGAAAAGGGGGAGAAGGGAAAGAAGGGCAAAAAAGGGCCUAAGGGCGAGAAAGGAGAACAGGGUGCCCCUGGAUUAGAUGCUCCCUGCCCAUUGGUAUGUCCCAACUGUGAGCUGGAAAUCGUCUUCCAGCCGUGUAGAUCGGUCGUCCCGAACAAGGAUGAGCGCCCUGUGGCUAAACAGAUACCCAGCAUCCAGCAGAGCAAAGCAACCUGAAACACAGAGUCUAUCACUUACUCCUGGAACUCUGCUAUUCGGACACCAAAACAUGCCAUUAAACGCUGAAAAACAUAUCAUUUCGGCUAGAUCGUGGUAUCAGCAAGCUCACAGGGCGGUUCCUCCCUCG